AUGUCCAACUUCAAGUUUUACCUCAUCCUUCUCAUCUGUGCCUACGUACUGGGACUCGUGGUUUACAUUUUCUGCGAUUGCGCCAGGGCGGCCUGGAACGCAGUUCUAGAUGAGAUACGCCGACAGCGAGAAUCAGCGCAGCAAUUCACUGGCAACACCACACGCAAGCACGGAUCGAGCAGCAACCGCGUCUCCAACAACCAAGACCCUUCCCGAGUCCAACACUCUUCAAGUGCCCAAGGACCCAGAGAUGAAUAUAUUUGUCCACAAAUUUUCCAAUCGGAAAUGACCGUAAUCGAUGGCAACCUCACCUACACUGUACACAUUCGUGGUAAUACGCAGAUAUGA